GCAUUUGUACACGCAUGACGUAGUGCGCUACAACUGGUAUAUGGACUCCAUCCAAGCAUACAACGUGGCUAAUAAAUACAAAAAAAAAAUAUUUUCACAAUCAUAAUACAGAGACAAUAAAGAGAGCGAGUUCAUAUUCCGCUGUGUCGCUAAGCAUGCAACUGGAAAAGUGAAAGUAACGUGACUGACACGCUUUUCUGUCCAGGAGCCACACGGAGGAAACAACGCAACCAGAAAUUAAUUAAAUGAAUUAACAAGUGAUCAUCGUGAAAAAGAAUUCUUUGGAUUUUCAGCGGCAAAAUAUAAGACCUAAAAAAAUUGCGAGUAUGCUUCUGGAGGGGAGUUCGCCGGAUAUGUUAGCGGCCCAGUCCAAGAUUUUGUUCCAGUUAAACAAGUACUAUAACGAACGGGUACAAACUCGCCAGGGGAACACCAUCAAAACUAUUCGCGAGGUGUGUAAAGUAGUUCAGGAUGUUCUGAAGGAAGUCGAGGUCCAGGAACCCAGGUUUAUCAGUUCUCUCAAUGAAGUGAACGGACGAUUUGAAGGUCUGGACAUAGUUUCUCCAAAUGAAUUCGAAGUUGUGUUGUACCUUAACCAAAUGGGUGUUUUCAACUUUGUGGACGAUGGAACAAUUCCGGGUUGUGCUGUUCUAAAACUGAGUGACGGGCGGAAGAGGUCGAUGUCGUUAUGGGUAGAAUUCAUCACAGCGUCCGGAUACCUCUCCGCCAGGAAAAUCAGGUCCCGGUUCCAGACCCUUGUGGCACAGGCCGUCGACAAAUGUAGCUAUAGGGAUAUCGUCAAAAUGGUAGCAGACACCACAGAAGUCAAGCUCCGAAUCAAAGAAAGGUACGUGGUUCAAAUUAUACCAGCUUUCCGGUGCGCAGGAAUCUGGUGUCGUUCCGCGGCCCAUUGGCCUGUACCCCAUACCCAGUGGCCCAACCCCAACUUGGUAGCGGAGGUGAAAACCGAAGGAUUCGAUCUGCUGUCCAGGGAAAGUAUUUACAUGAAGGACAAGCAGAGUGCAGCAGAGGGGGAUGCGUGGGUGAUGUCGUUUAAGUACGCCGAGGACAGGCUCUUGUACGGGGGGUGUCGGCGCCGGUGUCUCAGCAUUCUAAAGACUUUGAGAGAGCGACAUUUGGACCUCCCUGGGAAUCCUAUCACGAACUAUCAUUUCAAAACUUUGCUCCUGUACGAGUGUGAGAAACAUCCACGGGAAAUGGAAUGGGACGACACUUCUCUUGGGGACCGACUUAACGGAAUUCUUCUUCAGACCAUUUCAUGUCUUCAGAAUCGCCGGUGUCCGCACUAUUUCUUGCCAAAUGUGGACUUGUUUAAGGGCAAAGCCCCUUCUUCUAUGGACAAUGCUGCCAAACAGGUGUGGAGAAUUCUCCGGGAACUAUUAACCAACCCAAAGAGUUUGGAAAAACUCUGACCUAGUUAUAACCUGUUUGUUGUGAUGUCCAGUUGUUUUGUGUCUAUUAAAAUAUUUAACAAAG